CAUCUCCGAACAUUCAGUCACUGAAUUCUUCUUCAAUGGCUUCCAUUUCCACCAAGAAUGAGAAUGAGGAACAAGAAGACGAAGGCAGAGUGCCAGUUAUAACGGUGCUAAAGAACAGCGCAAUCGUGAAGAACAUCGUCAUCAUCAUGGAGGACGAUCAAACGGUCCUGAUAGGGCGACACCCUCAAUGCAACAUCGUCCUCACGCACCCUAGCGUUAGCCGCUUCCACCUCAGGCUUCGCUCCAACCCCAAUUCACGCGCCCUUUCCCUCGUUGAUUUGGCUUCUGUGCAUGGCACGUGGGUGUGUGGCAGCAGGCUCCAGCCAGGGAUCACUAUGGAAUUGAAGGAAGGUGACACCUUUACGGUUGGGGUUUCCACUAGGCUUUAUCGACUCAGCUGGGUUCCUCUUACCCAAGUCCAUGGGUUUCUGCCCCAACCACAUGAUCCAAUAAUCAAGGAUGAAAAUGUGGAACUAACUGUGGAACAAGAGAUUCCGAUGGCUGAAGAAAUUGUUUCUCUUUGUUGUGAUGAAGAAAGGAAGAGCCAUUCUGGUGAUGAGGCAUUUGGGGUUCUCAAUGGAAUUGAAACAUCAUCUUUUCUUGCAAACUCUGAUGGUAAAAAUAAACCGUGUGACUGUGAAAUUAGUGUUCUAUCUCCCCCUAAUGUACAAUCAGUUCAAGAACUUUGUAAUACACACAACAUUGAAGCUUGCCCUGAGGUGGAGAUGCCUGGAGAAACUAAUUUGUUUUGCACAUUGACAGAAUACUUGACGUACAACAUAUGUCUGCCAGUUGUGGAAGCAGUCCAGGGGACCAACAUUCUGCAAUUUCAGGCCCCACUUGAUACUUUAACUGGACAACCAACUUCCUUAGUAGGACACUGGUCUAGUUUGCCAACAAAUAUUGAUUCCCUAUCUUUUGUUGUAAGGGAUGUUGCGGCAGAGACUGUAAUACCUACAGAAUCUGAAUUUGGAUGCACACGUGGAGAUAAAGACAAUGACAAGGAUGAAGAUAUUUUAACUAACGGAGCAGGAAUUUUCAAUUCUGAGAACAUAUGUUUGCUAGUUGACGAGGUUAUUCCUGAUUCUAAAAUUCAUCAAAUCGAAGUUGUUGAAGAAGUUUCAGUGGAAUCAGUACCUGAUGGAGAAAAACAAGAUGAAUGCAAGGAAGGGUAUAAACCAAAUAUGCAGGACCUGAAUGCUAAAUCUUGCUGUGAGGAAGGGUACUCAUUGGAUGAAAUAGUUGAAGAUAAUGGAAACAAAUGCAUCGAAAACAUAGAUCCUGUAAAUUUUGACGAAACAAGUUUAGCUGACAAUGACAAGAUUGAAGACAUUUUAACAACGGAGUCGAGAAUUAUCAAUUCUGAGAACACAUGCUUGCUAGAUGAGGAAGCUAUUCCUAUUACCGAAUUUCAACUAAACAAUGUUGUCAAAAAAGUUGCUAUGGAUUCAACAGUUGAUGGAGAAAAAGAAGAUAAAUGUGGCAAGGAGUUGAAGUCAAUGUUGCAGGCAUCCCUGAAUGCUAAAUCAUGUCAUGAGAAAGGUAACUCGGUGGAUGAAAUAGCUGAAGAUACUGGAAACAAGUGUGCAAGCAGCAUCUCCUCCAUGUCAUUUCAAGUAGAAUCACCAGAUUCUUCAAUGCCUCGGGAAGUUGUUUUCAGCAUUAAAAUUGAGAAACAGACCCCUCAAUCUCUCACUGCUGUGACAGGAUGCUAUGGGAGGGAGAUCCUUGAAAACCAUGUAGAACCAUUAGAGAAAAGUUCAAUCUAUGGCAAUAUUUGGUCAAAAAGGGUUAAGGCUGCUAGUGCUCCCAAAGUUCGAGCCAGAAAGAGUAGAUUUAUGAGCCCAUCUAAGUUUGACACUGAAGUUAAAAUGAGUAGGGUGAAGGGUGUCAUGAAUAAAAUGCCAAAGGAUCUUUCAUCUGUUUUUGAUGAGGAAGAAGAAAUAUCCACUUCAAAUAAGGAAAACUUAAAUACCUAUCACUUGCGGUGUAUGAGAAAGGAAGGUAAGCUAGAAGAAAGUAAACAUUCCAAGUCAGCUGAAAGGUUAAGCUCCGUUUCAAACAAAGUGAACCAGACUCCAAAAGUAGCUCAAGAACAGAAGUCAGGAAGGAAUCCUCUUGAAUGUCGAAACAACUUGGCCCAUGAUCAAGAUAUGAUGGAAUUAAAAAAGACCAGCAGAGUGGUUGGGGUACCCUUCCAAUCACUAAUGAACUCUGGAGGCAAUCAUAAAUCAGUGACUGCUUCUGCCACAAAAAACAUUGAUGGUGCCAGUAUUUGUCGACAGAUUUCUAACAACCACACUAAACCUUCUCAUAUUAGUAGAGAUUCUAGAGAACAAAAGAGGAGCUGGGACAUGGUUGUAGACACUGCUUCUCUUCUGAACAAGGAGUCAAGGAAAGCUUUGCAGCUUCUACAAGGUCUCCAGGGGACUCGUUUAAUCGUUCCAAAAUUAGUCGUAAGGGAACUAGGCAGUAUGAAGCAACAACAAUUUAGAAUUUUCAGAAGAACUUCACAGGCCUCUUUGGCAUUAGAAUGGAUUGAAGAAUGCAUGGAGAAAACAAGGUGGUGGAUUCAUAUCCAAAGCUCAAGGGAGGAGUGCAGGCUGACAGCACCAACCCCUCCUGCUUCUCCUUAUGGUCAAUUUAUUGAAGAGAGUUGGGCUUUUCCUGGUUCCAAUAGCUCAAAGGAACGUGCUUCACCUAAAGUUGAAGAUCACAUCCUAGACUGUGCUCUUCAAUAUAGAAGCAAGAAGAAUGUUGGACAACUUGUCCUCCUUAGUGAUGACGUCACAUUGAAAAUAAAAUCCAUGGCAAAGGGGUUGCUAUGUGAGACAGUGGAACAAUUUCGGCAGAGUUUAGUGAACCCCUUCUCUAGUAGGUUCAUGUGGCCAAAGAGCUCUCCUCGAGGACUGACUUGGUCUUGCCAAGAUGAUUUAGUUUUAAGGGAAAAAUAUUGUAAAUUACCAUCAAAGGCUGGUUUGAAGCUCAUCCCUGAGCAGUUUUUGUACUUUCCAUGAUUUGAUUAUCAACUAUAGUCUCAUUUUCAGUU